UCUAGCAAAAAAUAAUUAUCAAUUUACUAAUUUGCACGUUUAAAUUGAUUACCAUAUAUUAUUUAUUAAAUGUGAUAUAAGAUCGUUUUUUAUCUGUGUAGUUUGAAUAGUAUGACCUCAAAUAUGUACAGGGUCGGAGAUUAUGUGUACUUUGAAAGUUCUUCAACAUCACCAUAUCAAAUUCGUCGCAUUGAAGAAUUAAACAAAACUGCUUCAGGAAAUGUUGAAGCAAAAGUUAUGUGUUUUUAUCGAAGGAGGGAUUUGCCAGGGAGUCUUGUGCAACUUGCUGAUAAACAUCAAGUUGCUACUUCUGAGGAUUCUCCAGUUGCUAUGAAAUUAAAGAAAAUGUGGCUAAAAACACCUGUAAGUGAAGAGCAAGCUGCACAAGCAGUUUUGGACCCAGCAAUUGCUGCUUUAGAUGAAGAUCAUUUGAUGAAUAAUUCAAGUUCCAAUGUGGGUGGUGGAGGAUCAGAACGUGUGAGUGAAAAUGCUUUACUAACACCCAAACAAAGACUGAGAGCAAAACACAGGGAAUUAUUUUUAUCUCGACAAGUGGAAACUUUACCUGCAACUCAUAUUCGAGGAAAAUGUAGUGUCACAUUACUUAACGAGACUGAAGCAUUGACCAGUUACUUGAAUAAAGAGGAUGCAUUUUUCUAUUGUCUAGUAUUUGAUCCUACACAGAAAACACUUCUAGCUGAUAAAGGUGAAAUUCGUGUGGGUAGUAGAUACCAAACUGAAAUAAUUCCUUUACUGCAGCCUGGUGAGAAAGAUCCACGAGAUUCUGAAGUCACUGAACAACUUGUAUGGACACCAAGACAUCAACUUACAGAUAGGCAAAUAGAUCAAUUUCUGGUUGUCUCAAGAUCUGUUGGAACUUUUGCACGAGCUUUAGAUUGUAGCAGUUCUGUUAAACAACCAUCAUUACACAUGAGUGCAGCAGCUGCUAGUAGAGAUAUAACAUUGUUUCACGCAAUGGAUACACUACAUCAGCACCAAUACAGAUUGGAUGCUGCAAUUGGAUCACUGGUCCCAUCAUCCGGUCCAGUUUUGUGCCGAGAUGAAAUGGAGGAAUGGAGUGCUUCUGAAGCAAACUUAUUUGAAGAGGCUUUAGAAAAAUAUGGCAAAGAUUUCAAUGACAUUAGAACAGACUUUUUACCAUGGAAAACAUUAAAAAAUAUCAUAGAAUACUAUUAUAUGUGGAAAACAACCGAUAGAUAUGUGCAGCAAAAACGAGUGAAGGCUGUUGAAGCAGAAUCAAAAUUAAAACAAGUCUACAUUCCAAAUUAUUCCAAUGGAAGUACAGAUCCUGUAGCACCAUCAGGGAAAAAUUGUGAAAGUUGUGGAGUCACUUCAUCCCCUCAAUGGUAUCAGUGGGGCCCAGGGCACAUGCAAUGUAGGCUAUGCAACAGUUGUUGGCAAUAUUGGAAAAAAUAUGGAGGGCUCAAAAAUCCUGCUCGAAUACUAGAAAAUGAACAAGAUAUUGCAAAUGCUGUUAAGAAAAGAACAGAUUUAGAGCUUACAGUUUUGAGUGGCACAGGAGAUAUAACUGAUAUUCAAGAUGCAGAACGACUUUUGCAAAAUAGCGGACAACUAGGUUCUGGUGGAGUUGCCACCGGUGUAGGUGGCGCAACACAUCGUCCACAUAGGUGCACAGUUGCUGGGUGUGGAAAGGAAUUCAAAUUACGAGCACAUUUAGCUAGACAUUAUGCAACAGUGCACUGUGUGGCUAUGAGGUCGGGUAGUCCCAGGCCUGUUAUGAAAACACGAACAGCAUUUUAUUUACAUGCAACAGCCAUAACUAGAGCAUCAAGAAUAUUGUGCAGACAUUUAGUAAAAGCGAGACAUGCUGCAAGAGCACCAUUCUACCCAAUAAAUGCAGCAGCAGUAAAACAAGAAUGUGCGUUAGCCAUGGCUGGAAGAACAUUACCAGAAUUAAAACAACUUCUCGUAUACCGCAAAAAAGAUCGGGGAAGCGUGACGCAAAUUGCCAAUAGAUUAGGCAAUCCUGGUACAACUGUUGCUGACUGGCUUAUACUUACAUUAAAAGAAAAUAUGCCAAAACCAGAAAAAGUAUCUUUCCCAAAACCACCAAUUGCUGCUGAUGGUUCAUUGAUGUACGAAAGGGUGCCCAAUAAAUCAGAUCUUAUUGAAAAGACACCAAUAAAUUGUGUAGUGCCACCUACAACUGUGAAACGUAGGUUUGACGAAGUCAAUGGUUUAGAACCGGCAGCAGUUGCAGCGCCGCCAGCAAAAAGACCAAACAAAGACCCUAUGCCUCAACACAGGCCAAGUCCGGAACAAUAUGCAGCUAUGCUUGCAGCAGCUCAGGCAACAGGCCAACCACUUCCACGACAUAUACAUCACUUUAAUGGUAAGCCGAAGAUAGCUCAGCUCAGUCGUAGUGGGUCUGGACGUAAACAAGUUAUAAGUUGGAUGGAUGCACCAGAUGACGUAUAUUUUCGAGCCACUGAAACUAGCAAAAGGGCGAGGCGAUCCUUAUCUUCCACUGAAUUACGGCGAGCGGCCCGAAAACCGUGGCGAAAUUUACCAAUUCGACCAAUGACUGAUACACAGUUGGUAAUAUUAGACUGACAUGAGGCUCCCAGACCUUACACAAUGGAGGCUUUGCUCGGAUGAACAUGUGACUUGAAUAUUGUCACAUUGUUUCAUAUUCAUUGUACUAUUGUAUAAAUUAUUUGUGGUUGUGCUACAAGGCAUUGCAGUGGUUAUGUAAUAUAGACUCAAAGAGCCUUCUAUUGCCAAUAUUCCCCUUAUCUGACAUGCACAACAUAAUGGACUGUAAUCGCGCGUUGUGCAUUUUUAAAACUCUCCUAGAUAUAUUUUUACUUUUUAUAAAUAGAAAUAUGCUUAAAUAUAUAACAUUAUUAUUUAAUGAUUUAAUUAGUGUAUUUCAUAGUGUAGA